GAUCCGGCCCGGGUUUCCCUGCAUCCUGGCGUCUCGGUGCCAUCCGGGGGGAAGAGUUUAGGCGGUAGCGACCCCGGGAGGGAUGAGGAAGGUGGAUGUGCGGUGGCUGCUUUUUCAGGGACCUGUGGGAUUUAAGAAUAUCUCUCCUAAGAGAAUUUGCUGCUUCUACAGCUUCCGUCUUAGUGUGCAUUGAUGAUUUCAUUUGAAAUACCUAUCUGAAGAAACUAACAGUAAGCGAGGUGUAACUGCUUUUUAAAAAUGUUCAAAGUUCAGCAGUGUGUAACAGCUAACAGGAUACCCAAGAAAAAGCCAUAUAUCUGUGACAUUUGCUGUAAGCAGUUUGAAACACCGUCAAAAUUAGCUAGGCAUUAUCUAAUACAUACUGGUCAAAAGCCUUUUGAAUGUCAUGUAUGCCAUAAAACAUUUAGGCAACUAGUCCACUUGGAGAGGCAUCAGUUAACCCAUAAUCUGCCUUUUAAGUGUACUGUUUGUCACAGAACCUUCAAAAACUUAAUCACUUUUUUAAAGCAUCAGCAGCUUCAUAAUGAAAAUUAUCAGAGUGAUACCAAGCAAGCAGAAAACUCUGUGAAUUUUGAGCAAGACAGGGUCACUUAUGGCAUAUUUCAAUGUUCUAUGUGCUGGAAGUCUUUUACAACUGAAAAGAGGUGGAUGCUGCAUCAGUGCCUGAAGGCAGAUCAUCUACAUGGUGCCAGAAGGAGAAAGAAAACUCACACGUGUGAAUCGUGUAACAAGACAUUUCCAUCAAGAUCUAAGUUGGAAAGACACUUCCUUAUUCACACUGGCCAGAAACCUUUUAAGUGUUCUUCAUGUGGUAAAUCUUUCAGGCAGUCAACACACUUGAAAAUUCAUCAGCUCACACACACGGAGGAAAGGCCUUUUCAGUGCUGCUUUUGUCAGAAGCGGUUUAAAAUACAGAGCAAACUCGUGAAGCACAAACAGCUCCAUGCCAGAAAUAAGACUUUCCCCAAUAUUUUAUACAAAGCGAAGACUCUUAAAUAUCCUAGACUACAGAACCUGUUGGAAGGAAAGAGGGAUAGCUGUGAGAGUGCUGACACUUUCCAAUCACAGGAGAAUGACCCACAUGAUGUUCACUCAAUUUAUACAGUACCCUUUCAGUGCCCAGCAUGUGAGCAGUGUUUUGAAACAGAGCAGGUUCUAAAUUUGCACAAGUGUUGUUAUCUGAGAGAUGGCAAAAGUUCAAAUAGUGGUACAACAGCGUGCAGCUGCACACUCAUCAUGAAAAAUAAGAUUAUAAAGAAGCAGAAGCGUACUGGAGGAAAAGCAACAGAUUUUUCUCUGACUGACAGAAAAAAAAUAAAAUUAGGUCACUUUAAAAGUCCUGACCUGGUUGCAGCUAGAGAUCAGUGUUCUGAUCAGCAUGCUUCCACUAAACCUUUCAAGGAUUGCCAUAGCAAGCUUGACAUGCACAAGGCACUUAGUAAUCGGAUGAAAAGAACAUUUGCUGUGCCAUUACCUUGGCAAGAGCACCCACAACCUCACGACUUUGGAAUUAAGUUACAAGGUAUGCUCACUGGUGAAAGCAUGUUAAACAUCGAUGAUUCACUGCAUAAUAAAGGUGACGCUUUUUAUGGUUCAUCAGAUGAUGGUUUCUUUGAUAAUCCAGAAAUACUUCACUGUUCUUUUUCAGCUUCUGCUAAAAAUAUACAUAAUAGACACAAAGUGUGUAAAUGUGACAGAUGUGAAAAAAUCUUUCCAUCUUCAUCCAAACUUCAAAGACACUAUCUUAUACACACAGGACAGAAGCCCUUUGGCUGUAAUGUUUGUGGAAAGACAUUUAGACAGUCAGCUCACUUAAAAAGACAUCAGCUCACCCAUACUGAAAAGAGACCCUGUAAAAGCCCUGUUUGUCAGGUGGAAUUUGAAAAUCUGAACAAAGUUUUCAAUCAUCAGGGAGAUCACGCUGAAUUUAAGUCGUCUCAGCCUUUGGGUUACUCGGGUUAUUCUCAAGCACCUUCACAGGCAUCAGGCUUUCAAGAAUUUGAGCUUAUUCAGUCAAACCAAGCAGCUGAAAUCAAAGUUGAAAUUGAGUCAGGGGACCUUGUUCUUGACACCAGCAGUAGAAACACACAGCCAUAUUUGUGUAGUAAAUUCCUGGAAACAGAGCAAAGCUCUUACAGCUGUUGUCACGGUUUUUCUGAAGGCACUGAAAAAAGUGAAGUUGUUAACAAAUUGUAUCAAUGCAGUAUCUGCUUUAAAACUUUUAAAUCACCCUCUAAGCUUGAAAGACAUUACCUGAUGCAUGCUGGACAGAAGCCCUUUGAAUGUUUAGUUUGUGGUAAAAAUUUCAGACAGGCCCCACAUUUGAAAAGACAUCACCUUAUUCACUUUAAAGAGAGCUUAAAGCUGAGUUCCACUGAGCAGCAACCGGAGAGUAUAUUGUUUUUAUCAAAACUGCAUAAUGCCCUGUGAAAUUAUAUAUUAACAUUUUGGUUGCAUAAUUAUUAAAAGGCUUAUGUUAGGCUAAAGUAGAAAAAGGGGAAAAAGUUUAAUGACAAAAAAUGUUUUUGUGACAUUAUAGAAUAGUUAAUAGAAAAAAAAUAACUGCUUUGUAUGUGCUUGAAGUUCUAUGGAUGAGGAAUUAGAUCUUUUCCCUUUUUAUGAUAAAUUGUAAGUAGAUAAUGCUAAAGUAGCAGAGUUUAUAAUCAAAGAAUUUCACUGCAUCAUUAUCUCUACUUCUUUGUAUAUCCCUUUUUUUAACUUUUUCGGCCAAUUCAUAGAGUACUGAACUUUUUUGCUGCAAUGAAAGGGGACAAGAUAUCAGCAUUUCACACAAGCCUACUAUCUGUUCCAGUCUCCUUUCCUUCAAGCACACAUACUGCACUGGUAAAAUAACUGUUUUCUAAGAUGUGAUAAUGACUUGGAUGAGGAGUUUUGUCAGGAAGUCAUGUUCUUGUUACAUUAAAUAUAAGAGACUGAGAAUGACUUUUCACUCAAAUUAAGUAAUCCUUAUUUUGUCUUAAUAGAAUCUGUAUUUAUACUUUCUGGUAAGUAGAGAGCUUUGCCCAUUGUGCCUGCAGGGCUCGCAAAAUGUGUAAAUGCAGCGGAGCUUUAUUUAUUAUGAACAAGAAUGAAGUUUGCUUCUUUUUUUUUUUUUUUUUCCUCGGGAAAAACUACCUUUUAGGAUAUUUUCUUUUGUUACACAACUGCUGAUAAGUUGAAACGUGAAGUUCAAAAUCCUAUUUCUAAAUUAACAUAUCUGUAAGAUAUAUGGUGUUCUGUUCACUAUUUAAAGAGAUCGAUAUUUAUUUAAGUAAAAUGGCUUUGAUAUCUUUUAGAUUUUGGAAGUGAUUUAUCUAGGUUUUGCUGUGGCAUGAGCUUUCUAGGUUGAAGGGAGUUUUCAUUUUAUUUUUGUAAAUGUUAUUCUUUUCUGUUUUCAUAGAGAAUAAAACCAGGAGAGAUACUCAGAAACAGUCUGUAGUUUCUGUGGUUUUUGUAUAACAGAUUAUUUCAGUACAUUAAUAAUUACUAUAUAUUGAGACUUUUUCUCCUUAUGUGAAUUGUUUCAUAUUGAAAGAAUACUGUAUGUUUUGAUAGUGUAUUGUAGAGUUCCCUUAAAAUACUUGUAAUAAACUAUUUUAUUUAUAUUGUAUUUUUAUUGUUUACAUUACAUGAAAACCAGUUUUGAAACUAUAUGACAUUCAAUAUGCAGAAACGUUUUAGCCUGCAUAUCAAAAUAACUAACUUUGCACGUUAGAACAAUAGGUUUUGUUUCAGGUAGUUUUUGUUACUGAAAUAAAACAGAAAUAUGUUUAAAGAUAGUAAGAUCUUUCUUAAGAAGUCAGUGAUUUAAAAAAAUGCUAUGUUUGAGAGUAAUGCUUAGAGAAUGCUAAACUUUGACUAAAAUGAGGGGAAGGCAAUAUGGAAAGCUACUUUUCAGGGAUGAAGGGACACACUUAGGAAGUGUUACUGUGAUUAAUUUUGAUAUGAGUAAUCUUUGGGCCCUGUGGGAUUUCAGAAGGGCAUUAAGGGCCACUUUGUUUAUCUGGCUCUCUACCACUUUAUGAAAAGUUUUGUGUCAGCAUAAAUUCUCAAUUUUGGGGAAUUAUAGCAUAAAUAGCUAGCUAAAUAGAAAUAAGAAUAGAAUAAGAAUAGAAAUAAGAAUAGAAAUAAAUAGCUAGAAAAUGGCAAAGUGGUUUCUUAAAGGAGGAAAAAAAAUAUUAUGUUGAAAUCCUGUCUCUUUUGAAGUUAACAGUAAAAUUCUCCAAGUACCUUUGAAAACUUGAGCUAAAAUGGUUUUUUCCAGUGUUAACAAUAACACUUUGUUAGUAUGUAAGUAAUUUUCCAUAAUGCUUCAAGGCAAGUUCAGGGCAUCAGUCUUUCAAGUCUCCUUGGUGGCAAAGACAUUGCCUGUGGUUUUGUCAGGAGCUGAUGGCUAACAGUAAUAAUCUCAUAGUGCUGAAGUAGUAGGGAUUUUUUAAGACUAUAUGCAGAACCAAAGCACCUUGUAAACAGGAAAAGUGUGUCCUGUGUUAAUACUGAGCUCCCCCCAAGGAGAACUUCUCAAACUUCAUGGAUUCAGCUUUAAGGUAGUUCUGUGUGGAAUAAAUGAAGGACCAGGUAUUUUAAAACAAGCAGAAAAAAGCAAAGGGUUUAGUUUGGUUAUUUUUUUAAAGACAAAUAAAGUAUGUCAUACUAAACUCACUGGAACUACAGUACUAAAUGAUCACAUUACCGAUUUUCUGUCUAGAAAAAUGUCAUUAAAUAACUUUAAAAUGUUUAUUAUUUUAAUUGCUGUGCUAUCCUUGCAAUGUUUGCAGAAAGUCAAAACUUGCAGAAUAUCUAUAUAAAUAUUCCUAUUUAUGUCUAGGGAAAAAUUCAAAAAAGAAAAAAGCCAUAAUAAACUGCAGAAAAACUUUCAGUAAUUUUGUAUCUACUUUCACUGAAUGGUUUCUUACUUGCCUGUGACAUGCUCUAUUAUAGCAAGACCCAACCAGAAAAGUUAGUGAGGCAAAUGGGAGACAGACACAAAAGAAACUUAAUUGAAGUUAAUGAGACCUUAGGCUUCAAAUUGAGAUGCUGGAUCUAAUAUUUAGUUUUACUAGCUGCCUUUUAGUAUAAAUUUAAAACUCUGAAAGUAAUAAUCUUGCAGCAGUAGCUCAUGUAACAGAUAAGUACAGUUGGAUAACUCUUAAAUCAAUAAAGACUAUGGAUUAGGUCCCUCUAACGGCUUCUUGUAAUAAUGUUGAAAAUGCCUAGAUCUCCUAAAUAACUAAAGGGGUCACGGUUCAUGUUCUUAGCAUAAGGUUUUGUGGAUUUGCAAAGUGCUAGCUUUAACUUAAUAGCCUAGUUUUAUGGUCUGAUGGCAAUGAAUGAGAUGUGUCUGAGAGGCAGCUAGCAUAAGGAAAAUUGAAAUUAUGCAAGUGACUUUUCUAUGCUUUCAUAUACCUUAUUUUCUCCAGGUUGAGCAAAUUAAUUGUAUUUCUUCAUAUAAUGACUAGUUCUGUCAAGCAGCUUUUAAACAGCAUCUUUUUUAGCACAUGCUAAAAAAGUGAAUCUUCAAAGUCCUUGUGAGUUUCAUGAAGGAGAAAUGAACCUUAUGCCAACAAAAUCACUCACAAGUAGAACUGAUAAUUUUCUUUUUCAGAAACUACUGUUCUAACAUGGAAGUGUCACUAUGUCUGCCCUGAGUUAUCAAAAGUCUUUGAAUGCUGUUAAACUUCUGUACUCUGCCAUUCCUGUUCCUGUCUGCUUCCUGAAUAUGCUAAUAUGUGACUUGAUUCUGCUGCACACCUGACGUAGUUUGGAUAUGCAGCCAAAUUGUUUUCCUCUUCACUGGAAUUCUUCUAGCAUUCCUGAUCCCAAUUUGUAUGGGUCCAUCAACCCCCUUACAUGACCUAUGGAGUUAUGGAGCUGCUUGUUGCAUGUGUGCUGUCAUGGCAAGCAAAAUGGUGCCUGAGGAUGUGAGGGUAUGAGGAUGUGAGAAGCUGACCAGCUAUGGUGAAGACUGUGGCUUGUGAUUCUCUGCUGAAAAUGGUCUAUGUCUGUAGCAUAGUAAGAGCAUAUGGAAAUGGUGGCUAGCCAGCUUUUCCUAAGGCUGUGUCACUGGUAUGUGCCUUGCUGACAUAGCAAAGGAGAGGAACACAAAUAAUUUUGCUAUUCAAAAAAAGUACAAUUCUGUUCCUAAGGUGAAGAAGCCAACUACACAUGCUCUCUCCCCCUUGUACUGCUAAUCCCCUGCACUCAAUUUUAUUGACAUAAAGGAAAACAUUUAUCUUCCUGAUAUGCAAAUUUGCAUAAUUUAUUUAUACAUUUUUAAAAUAUUAUAAAUUUUAAUGCUUAGUAUGUGUUUGCAAAAGUAGUUUGUCGAGCUACAGAAACUCUGAUGAUUUCCUUAAUUUCUACUUUAUUUUGUUUCUAAGGGGAACCUGAAAAUACAGCUUAACAGAGAAAUUCCUGUUAGUGACAGUGCAGUCCUACAAAAAUGAGCAGAAAUCUGCUAAGCCAUCUAGACACCUCAAGUGUCUCAGUCAACUUGAGGAUAAUUUUUAAGAUAAAAUGUUAUUUUUUUUUUUCAUGACACUGAAAACAACCUUGGUAACUUAAUUUGCCAUAGUGCACUUUAUCUUGUACUUUAUACUCUGGGUCUUGAUAACAGCAGGUACUUUGAUAGCGAGAAUGGCUUUGUAAGAAUUCCCUCAGACAUCCAAUAGAAUGUCUGAUGCUUCUGCAGUCAACAGAGGAAAAGUAUCUAUUUGCCAAUAAGCUAGAAUUAUUUGUUUUGUAAUAGUUUAUAUCACAGUAGAAAUGUUUGGGGGUAUUUUAGUAAAAUGCAUUAUUAAAAAUUAAUAAAUUAUUUUUCAGUAUUA